UGGACAAUAUUGGUAUAACGAAUGCUUAUAGUGACCGGUGGUCAGUGGCUUCGGUCAUUCCUUCGUUUGGCCAGCCACUGAAGAUCAAGUGUGUGUUUCGUCGCUCUCAUAAACUUGUUGGAAGCACACUUAAACUUCGAAAAUGGCAGAACUUGAUCUUGUCAACCGUGAUCCCAACAACAUCAAUGACCAUCUCAAGGUCACCUUCGAAGAUGUGCUGGCUGAACCCGAGGGCAACCAUGCCAUGGACUGCGUGUGGAGCAACUCUUACAAAUGCUUCAACUGCUGCAAGAAACUGUGCUACACCCUGAUGACCCUGUGCUGUGGCAUCUGCAUCGCCGCUGGCUGGGGCUGUGAGUUCGCCUACAUCGCCUUUGUCCACAUCUGGUACGUCACGCCAUGCUUCAAGUGCUUGGAGCUCAACUGCGGAUGUCUGCAGAAGCUGUGGGGAAUGAUUAUCCAUUGCUACUACGAUCCUAUCUUUGAGGCCUGCGCUCUGUGCUUCUCAGCCUUCAAGAAGGGCUAAACCCAGCGGGAAUGAGGAGCACACUUAUGCGUGCAUAGAAAUGUCAUGCACGGGCGCAUACAGAGAUGCCGGCGUUUCGAGGACAAGGAAUGGCGGAUUGUUUUACCUUGUUGCCGUGUUUCGACUCAUAACUCAUUCUUAUCCGUGUUUUUUAAAGGAUGCAGAUCUCUAUAUUGCUUUGCAAUACGCACCCGAAGAGGAUUACAGCAAGGAAAUUAAUCCGCAAAAAAUAAUAUCCAAAUUCACAAAAGAACUCUUUCAAUUUUGGCAAAAUCUUUUGGCUAUCUGAUCAGACUAACGUUGUCUCAUGAGAAAUAUUUGUACAACACUCAAUUAUUCCGAAAUUCUGAAGUAUAUAAUUUAUUUAUCAAAUAAAAGUAUUCGCUAUGUACUAUAAGUCUUGUACAUUUGCCUCUGUUUAUUAUUAAAAACAUAUAUUAUUGUUAUAACAUGAUGUAAAUAGAGCCUUUGUACAUAAAUGACUUACUCUGUCCUUUUGUUUGUUGAAGUGGAGUGAAAAAUAAACAAUAUCGGGAC